AUGCAGUGGUGGAAGGCGACCUUGGUGGUGCUGGGGGUCGCUGCCCUCUUUAGCCUGGGCAUCAUCCUGGGUCACUUCGACAUUCCCAAGAAGGCCGAGUCAACCGGCCCCACCAGCCUCAGCCAAGAUCUGGAUCAGGAGCUUCUGGACAACGUCAUGGCUCAACUGGACGCCAACAGGAUCCGGGAGAACCUCAGGGAGCUGUCCUUGAAGCCCCAUCUGGCCACCAGCUUGAGGGAUGACUCUCUUGUAGAGCUCUUUAUGGAGAAGUGGCAGAACCCCGAGUGGGGGCUGGAUGCUGCCAGGAAGGGGGUCUAUGAGGUGCUGCUGUCCUUCCCGAGCCAGAAGCAGCCCAACAGCGUUCGCGUGGUGAGCCCUCAGGGACAGAUUCUCUUCAAUGCCCGGCAGAAGGAGGAGAACCUGACUGAGGAGCAGGGAGACCCGGAGGUGGUACCACCCUAUGCUGCUUAUGCCCCACCAGGGUCCCCUCAGGGUCCUCUGGUCUACGCCAACAGAGGCUCCGAGGAAGAUUACACCUACUUGAAGAUUCAGGGCAUUGAUCUCAAAGGCACCAUAGCCCUGACCCGCUAUGGCGGGGUUGGCCGAGGGGCCAAGGCUAUCAAUGGAGCCAAGCAUGAGGUGGCUGGACUUCUGGUCUACACGGACCCUGGGGACAUCAAUGACGGCCUGAGAUUUCCUAAUGAGACGUUUCCAAACUCCUGGGCACUGCCUCCUUCAGGGGUGGAGCGUGGUUCUUAUUAUGAGCAUUUUGGGGACCCUCUAACCCCCUACUUUCCUGCUACCCCUUCUGCCUUCCGCAUAGAGACAGCAGACAUCCAGGGCUUCCCCCCAAUCCCCGUCCAGCCAAUAGGCUUUGAGGAUGCCCAGACACUACUCUGUAACCUCAAUGGGUCUCUAGCUCCCAGUUCCUGGCAGGGGGCUCUGGGAUGUGACUACAGGCUCGGACCAGGCUUCCUGGACGGUGGGAAGUUUCCCCAGGAUAGUCAGGUGAAUGUCACUGUUUACAACCGGCUCGAGCUCAAGAAUUCCUCCAAUGUCCUGGGCAUCAUCCACGGGGCCGUGGAGCCUGACCGCUACGUUCUCUACGGCAACCACCGGGACAGCUGGGUACACGGGGCUGUGGACCCCAGCAGCGGCUCUGCCGUUCUCUUAGAGAUUUCCAGAGUGCUGGGGACCCUGGUGAAGAAGGGAGAGUGGCGGCCCCGCCGGACAAUCGUGUUUGCAAGUUGGGGAGCUGAAGAGUUUGGCCUCAUCGGCUCCACGGAGUUCACAGAAGAGUUCUUCACCAAGCUGCAGGAGCGUGCGGUGGCAUACAUCAACGUGGACAUCGCUGUGUUUGCCAACGCUACGCUGAGGGCACAGGGGACCCCCCCUGUCCAGAGUGUUAUCUUCUCUGCAGCCAAACAGGUCAGAGCACCAGGGACCAGCAACCUGACCGUUUAUGACAACUGGCUCCAACACAGCAACCGGAGCAGCCCUGUUCACGGCCUCAUACCCAGCCUGGGCUCCCUGGGCUCCGGGAGCGACUACGCAGCCUUUGUCCACUUCCUGGGAAUCUCCUCCAUGGACAUCGCCUACACCUAUGACCGGAGCAAGACUUCGGCCCGGAUCUACCCCACCUACCACACGGCCUUCGACACCUUCCAGUACGUGGAGACUUUUCUUGACCCCGGCUUCACCAGCCACCAGGCCGUAGCCCGGACAGCUGCCAACGUCCUGCUGCGUCUCAGCGACAGCCUCCUGUUGCCCUUCCGAGUCAGCGACUAUAACGAGACGCUCUGGAGCUUCGUGCAGGCGGCCCAGGAGGGCCUGGAGCCCGCUCUGACCCAGAACAACAUCAGCCUGGGGCCCCUGGUGACUGCGGUUAGAAGGUUUGAAAGGGCAGUGGUUGCCCUGGAGCAGCUCAUUGAAACCCUCAAGAACCCGGCUGACCCUCUGAAGGUCCGGAUGGUGAACGACCAGCUCAUGCUCUUGGAACGAGCCUUCCUGAACUCCCGGGCCUUCCCCAAAGAAUACUACUACAGUCACGUGCUUUGGGGCCCCCGAACGUCCACCGUGUCCACAUUCCCUGGCUUGGCCGAUGCCUGCCUCGAGGCCGUGAAGACCCCGAGUGACCCAGCCACUUGGGCCACUGUGAGGAAGCAGCUCAGCAUCGCAGUGAUGGCUGUGGAGGGAGCCGCCGCCGCCCUGGAGGCCGUGGACUCCUUCUGAGCCUGCGAGGCGCCUGACCCAGUCCGGGCUGUCCCCUUUCCCCAAGAUCUGUCCCCUGUCAAUGCUGCCUGUGCAAGAGAGCUUGGAAACCUGAA